CCUUUUCCACGCCUUUUCUAUCCCCCACCCUUUCCAUUCGUUUUAUCUCUCCUUUACUUUUAUCUUUCAACAUUGUCCAGGUAUAUACACCUUUAGUCAUUAGAUUAUACUAUCGUCGGAAAUAAAGAAUAUAAUUUAAUGAUGCGGUUGCUUAAUUGAUCCGCCAUUUUCUACCUGCUUCGCGACUUUGAUCCUUUUUUUAUUACAUUUUUUUCCUUUUCGAUUCACUCGAAAGAAAAUGUUUUAUUCCUUCGACGAUUUAUCUCGUUGGAUCGUUUUUUUGUCGAUAGGUUUGAUGAUAAGUCGCGAGUUUCACAAUUUUCCCUCCAAAUUUUCGAAAUUUCUCCGCCGAAUUCUAAUCUUUCCCGCCAUUUUUCGGAAUCUGUAUCCCUACGCCAAACACAAGUACCCUCGUGUGCUUUUUACCCCUUCCCUUAUCUCUCACCCCUUUAUCCCUUCCCCUCCGACAUCCACCCUCUUAUGCGCGAAAAAUAGUCCCAGUUAUUCGCGAACGAACAGCCUCCCCCUCGGAUAUGUCCCGUUUAAAAAAAUCAAUACUUAAUAAUUAGCAAUUAAUACACGCGCCACGUAGGAGGAUUCUUUCUUGUCCUCUAUCAAAAUCGUGCAACUUAAAAAACUGUGAUAUAAUAAGAUUAUAUACAAAAAGACAUUUAGGAUCGUGGCCUUAGUGCCAUAUUAAUACUGGAUGAAUAAACAGUCGCUAUGUGGGUAAAGCCAAAGGAGGUUCUACUUGCUAAUGCUUUGUGGUAAACUUUGAUGUUUGUUUUACAUUUGACGGACCAUAAUUAUUAUUUAUAAUAUAUGUCAAACACAACUGAUAAUAGAUCUUUAGUAUUUUCAAUGAAAUUCAUUGUUUCUUCUUUUUAAUAUAUUGCAAUUUUUCUUGCAUUUUGUACAAUGUUAUAUUUGAAAAUGAACAUAUCUUUUAUUAUUUCAUUUGGUUUACGAAACAAUAUUGAAGUUACAAUAUGUAAUUAUUCUUUUAUCUAUUUCAUGCAUUAACCUCUUAAACAUACGUCUAUACGAUUGCACAUGUGUGUACAUAUAAUAUGAAUGGUUUGUGUACAAAAGUGAAUCAUACUAGCGUAAUAAAAAUUGCAUUAUAUUUAUAUCCAUAUGCAUUAUUUGCAAUAUUGCUUUUAUUGAAAUAAAACGAACGCGGUAUCGUUUAGAAAAGUUAUUAAAUUAUUUUCUAAUAUAACGUGACAGAUGUUGUUUUAAGAAGUUGACGUGUUGGUGAGUAAAAGUGUGUACUUGACAUUUCGAGAGGACAAAAAUGAGCACAUUUUUCAAACGAUUUGACUACUUUUACAUUCCUACUUUUUCCUUCAUUUACAUAAUAAAAUGUAUCGAUAAAUUUAUUAACAGGGUAAAUGAACAAUCAACGGUAUAUUUUGUUUUACAACGUCGAAAAGGUCAUGGAAAAACUAAAGGCCUUACGUCAAUACUAGUAGGAACAUUGGACAGUGUAUUUGAUACUAAACCAGCACCAUUUAGAAUAUUGCAUCAAACACCAUCGUCUGAAGUUUAUUGGGAGAUAUCAUGUUCUUUGACACACGAAGAAAUUCUACAAGAUUGGGAAUGGCUUCAUUCGAAUUUAAUAGAUACACUUCAAUCAUUUGACACCGAAGAAGAUAUAACAGAAUUUGUUUGUUGUAAAAUUCAAUCCAUUAUCGCUAAUAAUAUUCCAGAUUGUCAAUUUGCUGAUGAAGAAGAUCCAGCUGUAUUUAAAACAGUAUCUUUCAAAUUUCAUCAGUUAUUUAACAUACCGAAAGAAGACAAAUUGGUCAAUUAUUAUUCUUGCAGCUAUUGGAAAUCUCGGAUACCUAGACAAGGAUGGCUAUAUCUGUCUGUAAAUCAUAUGUGUUUUUAUGCUUAUAUACUAGCAAGAGAGACAAAAUUAGUUAUAAGAUGGGCAGAUAUUAUUGAAUUGGGUAAAACAAAUUCCAUAUUAAUACCAGAUAGUAUACAUGUCGUAACACGUGAUAAUAAAGAGCAUUACUUUUCUAUGUUUCUACACAAAUCGGAGACAUAUUCGUUAAUGGAACAGCUUACGAAUAUCGCCAUGAAAAGGCUCAUUGAUGAAAAGAGUGGUUUCAAUGAGGACAGAGAACUAUUGAAUAAAUUAAGUAAAAAUGUACCUAAGAAACCAUCAUUCUUGAAAAGAGAUCUUGAUGCUCGAGCACAUUCAGAAGCAUACAGGUUACAAUUUAGAUUACCAGGAAAUGAAAAAUUAGAUGGUAAUAUUGAUGCAACAUUGUGGACUCCGUACAAUAAAAGAUAUGUUUGGGGAAAGAUAUAUCUCUCGCAGAACUAUCUAGCAUUUGACAGUAGGGUAAGAAAAUUAGUAAGUUUAGUGAUACCUUUGAGAGAAGUACGACUCGUUGAAUCUGCAGAAAAUCAGUCUUCCUCCGUAGAGAAAUCGAUAUUGGUAACUACAACGCGUGCAUCAUUUUUAUUCGCACAGAUUCAAGAUAGAGUUUUUUUAGUUCAGAAGAUAUCUGAACUUUUGGCUAAAUCAAAAUUAAUGCAUCCAGGUGUUGGCAGCUUGAGUUUGCAAAAUACUUCAACAAAUAGUUUAAAUAAUUCUGAAGAUACAAAGUUUGUAGGAACGUGGAAACCUCAACCUCCAUUAAUGACGCUUUUUAAAGCUCCGCUUAGUACUGAAGCAGCUUUAAAACAAGAAGCUAAAGAAAAACAAUGGGAACUUCAUUUCGCAGAAUAUGGACGAGGUGUUACCAUGUAUCGUACCGUAGAAAUGGCAAAGCUUGUAAUUCAAGGAAUUCCACAAUCUUUAAGAGGAGAAGUUUGGCUUACUUUUUCCGGUGCAUUAAAUGAGAUGGCUACCAAUCCGGGUCUUUAUAAAUCUUUGGUGGAUAAAUCAUUGGGCAAAUCUUGCCAAGCUAAUGAAGAAAUAGAAAGAGAUUUGCAUAGAUCUUUACCGGAACAUCCUGCGUUUCAAUCAGAUACUGGUAUCAGUGCUUUAAGAAGGGUAUUAUCUGCUUAUGCAUGGAGAAAUCCACAAAUUGGAUAUUGUCAAGCUAUGAACAUAGUAGCUUCGGUUCUUUUAAUAUACUGUUCAGAAGAAUCUGCUUUUUGGCAGCUGUGUAAUGUUUGUGAAUCUUUACUACCUGAUUAUUACGAUCGACGAGUAGUUGGUGCUCUUGUUGAUCAAGGCCUCUUAGAAGAAUUAGCUGCAGAAUAUUUACCAGAUCUGCAUGCCAGGUUACAAGAUCUUGGACUUAUCAAAGUCAUAUCACUAUCUUGGUUUUUAACGAUAUUUUUAAGUGUCAUGCCAACAAGUAGUGCUGUAAAUAUUAUGGAUUGUUUUUUCUAUGAUGGAGCAAAAGUUAUAUUCCAAAUAGCAUUAACAGUGUUACAAUGGAAUCAAGAUAAACUACUUAAUUGUCGUGACGAUGGAGAAGCUAUGCAAUUGUUAACAGACUAUUUAGGAGGUGUUUAUAAUAACGAAGGUCCCGUUUUUCCUAGACCAGUUGAUAAUGCCACGUCUAAUAAAAGUAUAUCUGUCCAAACAUUAAUACACGAAUCAUAUGUAAGAUAUGGCUCCUUGACCAUUGGAGGAAUCGAAAGGCUUCGUCUGAAACAUAGGCUUAAGGUAGUUCAAAGUUUAGAAGAAGGAAUAGAAAAAAAUGUAAUUAGAAGUGUUAUUGUAGAUAAAUAUAUGACCAUGGAGGAGUUACAGGAACUGUUGGCAUUAGUGAGAGAAGAAUUAAUGAGCCAGCGAAAAUCCGAGCCUGACAGAUAUGAUCCUACUCAACCACCCUAUGAAGCUUAUAAAAUUGACUUUGAACUAUUUAGAAUAUUAUUUGGUGGUUUGUCGCCAUGGGGUAAAUGUACACAAGCUGAAUCUCUUUCAGCUCGAUUAUUUCGUUUAAUGGAUCGUAACCGUGAUGGUUUAUUAAAUUUCCGAGAAUUAGUGCAAGCUAUUGGAAUGACUGCAACAGCUGAUCAAACGCAAAGGUUGAAACUUCUUUAUACUCUACAUUUACCACCACUUCUCACACCUGCUGAUUUUGACUCGCCUACUCAUUCAGAUGGAGCUGAAGUAGCAGCAGAAGCAACAGAUUUUUUUGAUAGUAUGGAACAGAGUGUGGCUUCCUUAGAAAUGCCAGUCAGUGUGGCAGAAGAACCAACAGUUGGUACAUUAUCAGGAUCAACGAGUAUGAACAGUCAACACGGUGAUCAGUCAUGGGAAAUACAGAGUAUGGAUAGUUUACGUUCUAUGAUUGCAUCAAGGGAUAGUCCUCUGGAUUUAAAAGUGGUGCCAAAAAUGUCUCAAACUCACUUCAUAGCAUUAUGGAAAACCCUGUACGAUAUGUUUCCAGCUCAAUUAGAAGAACAAGAGACAUAUCAUAGUAUAGCAUCGAUAGGUACUCUUUUAUUGCAACUAGGCGAUGUGGGGAAAAAGUUAAAUAUUAGUCGAGAUGAAUCAGAAGAUAGUUUAUUGUUAGCUGCUUCUGCUGUGCAACAUAUAUCUUCUGCAACUUCACCUGAUCGUAAUGGAAAUCCAUCUAGUACGUCGUCUUGUUCAGAUCCCGAUUGGUCGAUAACUAUUGAACAAUUUUUAGCAUCUGCAUUAACUGGUCCACCGAUAGUCGACUUUUUUAGUAAAAGAGCCGAUCUUGCAGAAGCAAUGGUAAUCCUUAAAAAUCGUAGAUUUAAUCGCGUUCAUUCCUUGUCCGAUACUCCGAUAAUAAAUGUAUAAUGUAAAUCUUAUUGAAACAUAAGUGCAAUAUAGUUUUUUAUGCGAUAGAUUGUCUUAAACAUUUUAACGAGUAUAUUAAAGUAUUUUAAAGAAAUAUUUUCAACGUCUCUGCAUAGAUCAAAAUUGAGAGAUAAGCACUUAUAUUCAAUUUCAAACCAGGAUGUUGGAAUCGUGAAAAAUAGAUGAUACAAAAUAAUGAGAUUAUCUAAUGAGAAUCUAAUUAUUUAGAUAUCGUAACACUGUGUUUAUAUAAAGUACUGUAUUCUUAUUUGAACAUUACAAAUACUUUUUCUAAGUAUAUUAUAUCUUUAUCUUUAAUAUAAAAUAUUCUAUAUUGAAGUAAGCUCGAUGUAUGUACAUCUCUUUUACAAUGGACAUGUAGAUUUCAAAUCUAAGGAAUUAACAUAAUAUUGUGUAAAGUAAUGCAUAGAAACGCACAUUGCUUGCAAAUAAUAUUCUAUUAACGAUGGAUUACACCUAUAGACAUGUUGGCCUAUGUUUUCAAAGAUAUAAAGGAAUGAAAAAAAAAGAGAAGAGAAGAAAAGAAAAGAAUCGAUGAUAUGCCAUUUGUACAAUAACAAUAGCAAACUAUUAAAAAUAUCAGUCCUAUAAUUUUUAUAUUAGUGCUUUUUUUAAAUACAAAAUGCCUCAGGUAAUAAAACAGUGAUGUAAUCCAGAAAUAUUUAAGAAAAAAUGAA